GCAUCACACUAUCAAGAUGAGCACGUACGGCCGCGAGGCCGCCGUCGCGGUCCUCGCUGGGCCGAAAGACACCCGCGACGCGGCGCCAGCUGGCGCUGCGUCGCCCGACACUGGCGGUGCUGCUGCCUCCCCCGACAGCGCCGAGCCCGCCACCGCCGGCCCGACGACGCUCGCGUCCCUCCCCCCCGAGCUCCUCGACCACAUCCUCUCCCACGUCCCCCCGCGCCAGCGCCAGCGCGCGGCCCUCGCCCUCUCCCAGGUCCUUCGCCACCAUGCGCCGGACACGCGCCAUAUCUGGGCGCAUAUGCCCGUUGGCUCGGCACGCCAGGUCAUGCCCCUCUGGCGCAGGCUGAUGGUCGAGCAGAACAAGGCGCGCGGCGGGGGCGCGGGGGUCGUCAAGACUUUUGGAAUGGAAUCGUGGCGCGGCGACGCCGACAUUCUCAACAACGCGCUCCGCUGCAUGCCGUACAUCAACACCCUCCUCGUCAACGUCGGCACAAACUUUGCCCCCGAGCACCUCCAGGAGAUGUUUGAGCGGCCCCGCCCGCAGAUGGAGCGCAUGGAGAUGCGCUUCAGGCCGUAUGUCGAGCAGGCUUCGUAUUACCAGUUUUUGAAGGGCUCCUACUUCGACGCUGCCGUCGAAACCCUCUACAAGAACUGGCCCGAGACGCCCUCCUUCACGCACAUCUCCCUCGUACAGGACCUGCCCCCGCGCGUGACGGCGCCGCCGACGCGCGCCCACUCGCCCGCGCCGUCGCUCGCCAACAGCUUUGCCGACCUCAGGCUCGUCAGCCGGUUCCCGACGGCCGCACCAAGCGCCGCGACGAGUGUGGCGGGCAGUGUGGCACCGAGUGCUGUGGCCAGUGCUGCGGCCAGUGCCGCUGGUAGCGUCCCGACUAGCACCGCUGGCAGCGUCCCGCCCAGCACCGCAGCCAGCGUUGCCAGCGGUGCCGCAACCCCCGACGCCGGCUCCGACACCGAGUCGGGCAACUCUGGCUCGGAGGAGUCGACCACCCCGCCCACGUCCUUGUCCGAGGCCGACGACUCGCUCGAGUCCAAGGGCUUCACCCGCAAGGGCCCGUUCCCCUACCUCUCGGAAUGCCUCCAGCACCUCAAGCCCAAGACGUUUGCCCAGCCCAUCGUGUUCUUCGACAUCAAGUGCAUGGCGCGUUUCGGCGCUGCGCCGGUCGCGAAGCACCUCACGCACCUGCGUCUGCGUGUGCCAAGCCGCGACCUGGCCCUCGUGCUCGUCUCCCCGCCGCCCAACACGCGCCUCUUCCCGUCGCUGCGCUACCUCGACCUGUCGACCAGCAAUGUCCGCCUCGACGCCGUGUUCGCCACCCUUCUGCGCCAGUACGAGCGCCUUGAGCACAUCGUUCUCGACCGCGUCAACCUCUUUGCCUUCUCGGCGAGAGAGCGCGGCAACGACAUGUGCAAGGAGCUCGGACAGCUGUGUGUCGGCGCUGGACUCGCCCGCGGCAAGGAGCGCGAGCGCCUGAUUGCCGCGUGGGACACGGCGCAGCGCACGCGCGUGGCGCAGCAGGAGAUUGCGCUCCGUCAGGCCGCGGCGCGCCGCGCGUCAGAGGACGAGUCUGACGCCGACGAGGACGACGAGGUGCGCGAGGAGCGCCGUGCCCUCCGCGAGGCCGAAGCCGCGCGCGAGGAGAUGCAGCGCCAGAUUGCCUUGUCCCGCUCGCGGCGUAACCGCCCGGCGCCGGCUUCACACUCGACCUUUUCCCUGCGCGACCGCCCGUCGCGCCGCGGUGCCGCCACCUCCACCGGGCCGGCCGUGUCCGCUGCCGACCUCCCGCCGCAGGACAAGGCCUACUUUGUCCUCCCGCCCCUGCCGACGAUGAAGACGAUCUGUAUCGGCGGUGAGGCCCCGCUCAUCUCGACGUUCAAGGUGUCGCACUGGGAGGAUGAGUUCCACAGUGGCUGGCGCGAUGGCCUGGCCAAGUUGCACGGGUGGGCGGUGCACAUUGCCGACAAGUACGAGCGGGCCGUCAAGAAGGCCAACGAGUUCAAGGAGGCCGAGGUCAAGGCACCGUCGGCCCAGAAGGGCAAGAGCAAGGGUAAGGCGGCGGCGCCAGUCAACAAGGUGCGCCCGCCGACCGAUAUCCGCCUGUUCCGCUUUGCGCGCCCCGACGAGCCGCUGCCCGACUGGGACCCGCGUGACCCGACGGUCGGGCUCAUCGAGGUGGACGUCUCGGACGCGGCGCCGCGCGCCUACCUCGACGGGUACAAGCAGGCGAUUGCCGAUGCCGAGCUGUACACGCACUCGCAGGCUGUGCGGCCGCCGUGCGUGCUCUGCACUGUGCCCGGGUGUGAUGGCCCCUCGCGCCGCGGCGAGGAGGGCGAGCGCGUCGACGGUCGCGGUGGCAUGCUGGGCAAGCACAAGGACGGGUGCGGGCAUGCCAUUGGCGAGGAGAUGUGGGGGUGGGAGGGAGUUGUGUGA